AUGCCAUCGAGCGCAAAUACUGAGGCCGAUUUAGAAGAAUUGCUUUCUCUCUCCAGACAUGGGGCGCAACGCGAGUCCCGCAGCACCAAGAUACGGAGCUUAACCGAUGAGGAUAUAGCGCAAGUCAUCAGUAUUGGUACAAAGCGCGAGGUUACAAGAGAGGGAUUAGAAAGGAUACUGUUGGUCGUCCUCGAUACAGCUGCGCAAGAAGGGGAUAUCGCGUCUGGUACACCGAUUGAUCGUGCAGGCGAUGUCAAAGUACAGCUUGAGGAAUUGAGCGUCGAAGAACUGCCAUCGUCUGCGGGUUCAUCACCAACAGCAUCAGCGGCAUCCGAGCACUGUAUCAAACGUGAUCCGGGUAUUUGGGAGGCUUUCGAUACCACGGUCAAGCGCGCGAGGAAAAACAAGGAUGUAUCUGCCAACUCUGACACACUUCAACAAGCUGAAUCAGCUUGGUCUGUAAGUCUGACAGCACCUGGACAUAUCCUUUUCGGCCCUACUGUCCCAGAACAUCUGCUCUACGUCGAUCCUACCCCAUGGCACCCAGAAUUCCGAGAAAGCUGGGCUGGCAUGAGUAAAGACCCAGAUCAUCCUGCGUUCUUUACAAAGGACGAGUUAGGAUUUUAUAUCCCUAAGGAGAUGCUAUCGACACAAGAAACGAAUGACGGGCUGGAGCCGCUUCCAAAAAUGCCACUCGAGCUUUCCGUCCAGAUCCGCCGUAAGAUCGGUGCAGACUUCAUACAAGGAUGGAAGAGUAUAGAGCGAUACGGUGACAUGAUACUGUUUCAAACACGGAAUUUUGGGACGAGCAGUCAUUGUUUGAGCGACUUCACGAUUAGACGAAAACGUGGACCGAGCACACGCGUGCAGUCUAAAGGAAACGUAUGGAGCGCUUGCGACUUCUGCAUCGAUACUCGCCGUCUUUGUCUAAGGAUGAUCAAAGUGAACCACCAAGAAACAGAGAAGGUCGUCUUUCCUCUGCCACCUCAAUUGCGCGUUGGCAGGCACUGGACAGAGAUGGGGUUCUGGGUCCGUGAUGCUACGGAAUCGGCAGGUAGAAGAACGGCUACUGACACUUAA